AUGGCAUCUCGAAAAGACACUCACGAUCUCGGGUUCAUUGUCCAGCCAGCUCUUCAAAGGGAUUGGGAGCUUUUUGGUCGACAGAAAAGUUUGGAUGCACUAUUAUCUGCGGCCGACAGCUUAGCUUCAAGAUAUGAUGACCGGGUUGGGGCUAUUCGCAGUUGGAACAGAUUUUCAAAUGCGCAUCAUGACAUUGAAAAUAUGGAAGAAGACUUCAUAGUCAUAAUUGAUAAUCUCGAUCUACUCUUUUAUGCUGCGAAUUAUACGCGAUCUACUCGCCUUCUCUCCAUCGGAAAAACACACGCCACUACUCUUCUGACUACACAUCUUCGCAAAGAGUCUGUGCCCAAUAGAGAGACGUGUUAUUCAACUUACCAUGCUGUCAACUUUUGUCCAGCUAAUAAAGGGCAUCUGAAACGGAAAUUCACUGCUCAGGGCUAUUCGGACAACUCAACCUGGGCAAGAGGGCAGGCCUGGGCAAUCCUAGGCUACGCGCAGACAUUCUCAUGGACCAAACAAGAGGUCUUUUUGCAAACCGCAAUGGGCCUAGCGGACUAUUUCAUAUAUCGCAUGGAACUUUCGCCGAAAGUCAUUGAAGCGAGCGGCCAUGGACGUUACGUUCCGCUAUGGGAUUUCGAUGCACCGAUUACUUUUACCACUGUCAAAGGGAUACAAACGCCUCUGAGAGACGUGUCUGCUGGCUUGAUUGCUGCAAAUGGUAUGAUUAUUCUCUACGGGCAGCUUCUCAGUUUGGGCCGACCAGAGUGUGCCAGACGCUAUUUGGAGUAUGCCUUGGCCAUUGCAAAUGACACGAUCGCAUUAGCAUAUAAUCGAGAGCAAGUGUGCCUGUCCUUUGACAAAAAGAGCGAAACAAUCCGAGUUGUGUCAUCUGGAGAAUCUGAGGGGCGUCUUUUCGAUUCGAUUCUAGAAAGAUCAACUGCGAAUUUCAAUGAGGAUCACGCCGAUCGACACUGGGACCAUGGCUUAGUCUAUGCCGACUACUACUUUCUAGAGCUCGGAAAUCGGCUCUUGGAUAUGGGUCUUGCUUUAUAA